GGACCGCCCACACCCCGGUCAGACCCUUAAGUCAGCCCGCCGCUCCCAACUCUUCGUCUGGCCGGGGAGUUCGGGUCUCCGUAAACUUCUGGCGCCCGCGGCGCGGGCGCGGGGCGUGCCCACUGCGCUUGCGCGCGCCGGCUCUCAGGCCCCUCGCCCCCUCCCCCUGUGCCGGGACGUGAUACGGCCGGGGCGGCGGUUGGCGUCUUCCGCGGCCCCAGCCCAGGGCGGGCUUUUCAAAUCUUGCCUUUGAGGGGUAGCGGCAGCCAGGGCAGUGGUGCUGGAGAUGGAGGGGCAGACCUUGAGGGGAUCCGAGCUCCGCCCCGCGGGGCUGAGCGCCCAGCAGGACAACGGCAUUCAAGAAAAAAUAAAUUUAGAAAUUCGAAUACGAGAAGGAAUAUGGAAACUCCUUUCUCUGAGCACUCAGAAAGACCAGGUUUUACAUGCGGUUAAGAAUCUCAUGGUGUGCAACGCUCGAAUAAUGGCUUACACAUUGGAGCUGCAGAAAAUAGAAGAGCAGACUGCAGAUCAAACCAGAAGAUGUGAUGUGGAUUUUGAACAUAAAGCUCGAACAGCAUGUAAAGGAAAGAUUGCCAUAUCAGAUAUUCGUAUACCACUAAUGUGGAAAGACUCUGAUCACUUCAGCAAUAAAGAACGAUCACAGCGCUAUGCCAUUUUUUGUUUAUUCAAAAUGGGAGCUGAAGUUUUUGAUUCUGACAUGGUGAUUGUAGAUAAAACAAUCACAGAUAUAUGUUUUGAAAAUGUAACUGUGUUUAAUGAAGCAGGGCCAGACUUUCAGAUAAAGGUGGAAGUAUAUAGUUGCUGUACAGAAGAAUCUACUAUAACAAACACACCAAAAAAACUAGCUAAGAAACUGAAGACAUCUAUAAGUAAAGCUACAGGGAAGAAAAUAAAUUCAGUGCUUCAAGAAGAUCAUGAAACUUGUUUGUCCUUCAGUUCUACUAUUUCUUGUGCAAAGUACAGUUUGCUAGCUCAUACUACCCUGAGCUUGGAAAGUGCAGAGGAUAGCUUCAAGACCCAUAAUCUAUCUAUUAAUGGAAAUGAAGAGUCUUCAUUUUGGCUUCCCUUAUAUGGUAACAUGUGCUGCCGAUUAGUCGCCCAACCAGCUUGUAUGGCUGAGGAUGCAUUUGCAGGAUUUCUUAAUCAGCAGCAAAUGGUAGAAGGUAUGAUUACUUGGAGAAGAUUAUAUUGUGUUUUAAGAGGGGGUAAACUCUAUUGUUUUUACACUCCAGAAGAAAUUGAAGCUAAAGUGGAACCAACUUUGAUAGUGUCCAUUAACAAGGAAACCAGAAUUCGAGCAAUGGAUAAGGAGAAAAAGAAAAGAAUCCAUAUUUUCUCUGUCAUCAACCCUGUUGCUGGACAGGCUAUAACUCAUAUAUUUGCAGCUGACAAUAGAGAAGAUCUAAAUAAGUGGUUGGAAGCCUUCUGGCAGCAUUUCUUUGAUCUUAGCCAAUGGAAGCAUUGUUGUGAAGAACUUAUGAAAAUUGAGAUUAUGUCACCACGGAAACCACCUUUGUUCUUGACAAAAGAGGCAACCUCAGUCUACCAUGAUAUGAGCAUUGAUUCACCUUUAAAAAUUGAAAGUUUAACUGAUAUAAUACAGAAAAAAAUUGAAGAGACAAAUGGAGAGUUCCUUAUUGGUCAGCAUGAGGAAUUCUCCCCACCUCCUUGGGCCACCCUCUUUGAUGGUAAUCACCAAGUUGUCAUCCAGAAAAAGGUAUUUCCAUCUGCAAGCAAGCAGUUACAUGAUGGGAAAGGGAAAAAGAGACGAGCUCCCCUUCCUCCUUCUGAUAAAGCUCCAUUCAGCUUAAAGACACAGAGCAAUACAGAUCAAUUGGUUAAGGACAACUGGGAAAAAACGAGUAUAUCUCAGACUGCGCCUUUGGAUACCAAAUUAUCAACCCUAAUGCAUCAUUUGCAGAAACCAAUGGCUGCUCCUCGAAAACUUCUUCCUGCCAGGAAAAAUAGUUUAACUGAUGGUGAACACACAGACACUAAAACCAGAUUUGAAGCCAAGCCAGUGCCAGCUCCAAGGCAGAAAUCUAUCAAAGACAUUUUGGACCCCAGAUCAUGGUUGCAGGCACAAGUAUAGAAAACCCCUAAUGUAUAAAACAUUUAACAAUCUAUAAUCGUGAGGCUUAAUUCAGAAGCACUAUAGAUGUAGUAAUAUGUAAUUAUGUAGGUAAAUAUGACAGUGAUUUACAUUAGUAAUUAAUAAGCUGUUAGGUGUAAAAAAUGUUUUAUAAUGAGAUGGAUUUCUCUUUUACUUAUGAUUUUCAGAAUAUAAGUGAUUUCUCCAUCAGAGUGUAUGAGGCAGUUUCUAGACAAUAUCCCAAUUGUUGGAAGGGUUAAUUUAUUCCUAAAUUAGUACCAGGCAGUGAACAAGCACUAGGUAAAAGAAAGCAUUAAAAUUUCUUUGGAGAGAGACUGUCUAGUAAUUUAAAAUGUGUUAAAUAAGAGCCAUAUUCUCAUUGUGAGAAUUUUAAUACUAAUGGAAUGUUUCAAAGUUUUAUUCAAACCACAAAUUACAGAAUCCACCCAAGAAUAUUUCUUCUUAGCAUUCUGGAAUUCUCAUCUAAUGGUCCACUGGCUCUCAUCUAUUGUUUAACCCACUGGUUAACUCACUGACCUUUCAAAUUCCUGGGAUAAAUAUUGGAAUAUUAAAUUCUUCAUUUUUUAAGGGAAUUUUUAAUGUGCUAUUCAAAGUUGUUUCCUUGAUGAGCCCUGGAAUCCUGUUGACGUUAACUCUCAUAAGUAAAGCAAAAUGUUUAUUAGUUUAGGGAACAGAUAGAUGAAAUAUUUUUUACUUCCACUUUUCUAUGCAUGAUACUAAUUUCCAUUGUGAUACUGGCAUUUGGGGAAGUGAGUAGUUGGUUAACACCUUAAAAUUCAUUUAAUACUUAUUUAAAAAGCAGAUGGCUGAUUCAAAAAUAUCAGAAAAGUUGGCAAUGAUAAUAAUUUUCAGAUUAAUCCUAAAAAUUUUUAAUUAGACUUCCUUUUUCUAGUAAGGGCUCAUGUCUGCUAUUGAUAUUCGUCAUUAAAAGUCAUAUUCUUACAAUAAUGACAUCGGAAUCAUUUCCAUAGGAGGUAAUUUCCAUAGCAACUAAUCAUAGUAACACAAACAGGAUUAUGAAAUCAAGUGAGAAAUAAAUAGCAAGAGGAUGAAUACCUUAAAGAAACAAAAAAAAUCCAUUUUUCAAAUUAAUAUGCUUCUUACAAACAAGAACUUGACCAUUUUAAAAAUCUAAUCAGAAUUUUCAAAUAAAAUAAAAGUUUCCAUAAGGUGUCAGCAACAGCACUGAAAAUCUCAAAUCACAUGGAACCCUAAAUGUCAUUUCAAGAAAUACAAAUAUAAGAAUUAAAUUACUGCCCCGUGUGUAAUCCCUAGAGAUCUUUUUAAAGCUUAAAAGAACUCUGUUUGGAUCAGAACUACAUUAUUACAAAGUAAAAUGAACACUUGAAAAAAUUACAAUUUAAAUGGAGCCUUUCAUUAUUUUUAGAUAGCAGAGUCUUUUUUCAUUUAUGUAGAAUGAUGUAACUGCCAGGUUACUUUUGUGUUUGCCCAGGACUCCUAGUAAGAAUUGAGACUCAAGGGAGUAAUGGUACAAAAGGUCUCUUGUGACUGGCGACACCAGGAUAGACAUAGCAUUUGAUGAGAAGGAAAUCCUAUAUGCUUGCCUGAUAGAAUUUAGAGACAAUCAAGUGUAUGAAAACCUAAAAAGGUAGGAUUAAUUUGUUUUUUUUUUUAACUAGAAAAUUCUCGUAAAUCUCCACUGUGAUUGCCAAUUCAGAAAAUGAUGAAUUAAAAAUCUAAAGGAUAUUAUUGCAUGAAUUUUUGUUUAUUUUUUUUUAAACCUCAUUGCUGUUUUUGACAGCAUUUGUGACUGUCAUUGCCACUAAAUUAUUGAGCUAGAAGAUGCUGCAGGCAAAAAUUUUUUUUGGAACUGGCAUCUAAGCAGCAUUCUUUAUUUUUUCCCUUUUUCUUUUUUUUUUUUUUUUUUUUUUCAGUUAAAGCCUUUCGUACAACAAAGCAGUGUUAAAACUUCCAGAUUAUGUUCUUGUUGCUCUUCUCUUGCAUAUUAUAUCAAGAAAGAUUUAAGUUGUACAGAAAGGAGAAUUUGUUCUUAGAGAAGUCACCUAGCAGUUGUGUCCUCAGUGGGCACUCUGAAAUAAGGCUGAAGCCCUUCUUCCUAGAACCAUUAGGUGAAGCCUGACCAAGGACCACUCCCCCUUCACAUUAUUCAGGCUGUUUUUUCUGGGGGCCCAUCUUACUGUAUGCUACACAGCCUUUGAAGUCAGGCUGAAGUCUUCAGCUGUACUUCCUUUGACACUGUGCUCAUAAAAUGUUAGUUCUCCCCACUCCACCACAGAAGGUAUAAUACAAAGUUGGGGCUCCUUCCCUCCCUCCCUUUCUUCCUUCCACAGUUUAAAAAAAAAAAAAAAAUCUAAAUAUACUGAGUUAAACUCUUUGUCAAAGAGUUUGUCAAAAGAAGUAUUUGUUUUCUUGUUUCCUAAACCAGAAGUUUAUGACAGAGAAAAAUAUGCCAUGUAAUAAAAGAACAUUUCAGCUUUUUAUGAGCUGGCUUUUCACAUUCCUUGUUUGUUCUUUUAAUUUGUUUCUUGAUAUAUGAAGACUAUAAAUUUGAAACAAAGAGUUAGCUGUCAGAUCUUGAUAAUAUUAUAAUUGGAGAUAUGUAAUAGAAUAGGUAUUUUAUGAUAUUAUAAGUCUGAUGAUCUGAUAAUAUCUUAGAAAAUUACAUUUACAUCCCAAGCUCUGGGGUGUAAAUUACUUACAACAGCAUUAAGAUAGUAUUUUAUUAGCUACAAAGUAGGGAGGGCUUUAUAUUUUUAUUUUUUAAUUUUUUUUUAGUAGUGAGGCUUUUAUUUAAACAUUUUACAAGGAAAAAGAAGGCAUUCUGUUAUAUAAAUGCAACCUCCUGAGGUAAACAGUCAAAAUAUCAGGCAUGCCAACCCUUGGUUAGUUCUGUUAAAUUCUGUCUGUCUGCAGUGCUCCCAACUUCUUUUAAAUGGAUGUGCAUAUAUGUGGAAAACUAAAUCCAUUUAUUAUAAAUGCCUUAUCUUUACCCUUUUGGUUUCUACUAAAUGUAUUUUACCUGGUACUGUUUAUUAAAAUAAAAGCUGCCUUGAUUUAGAGAUAAUACAUGUAAGGUAGGUUAAACAGUCAAGUAUUUCUUUAGGCUUAUGUUCAGGCACCUUAGCCACCCACUGAGAAGUUAAUUAAUUCAGUCUAAAAUGAAAUUAUAGGGCAGUUUGGUGUAGUUUAUGUAAAAUGCCAUUUAAAUGUAAUCACUUGUGUUAUCAUGAAUGAAGAACAACCAUAUUGGGUAGAGAUAGGAUGGUGCACCAUGGACAAGAGAAGUGCUUUGGCAGGAAAAAUAUCUGUCCCUGUGGGUAGAAUUUAUUGAAACUCAUUGUCUUUUUAAAGAGUAAAUUAUUGAACAGUAAUUAAACUUUAACUGAUGACCAUUUAUAUUCUCAUACUUAAGUGUUCUAAUAUCUUAAACUAUCAUGUAGAUAUAGUUGACUUUUUGCGUUUAUAUUUCAAAGACAUUACUAUUCUUAAAUGUUUACAUGUUUAUGUGUAACUGCUUCAUUGCUAAUAAUAGUUAUCAUUUAUUCUGUAUCAUGCAUAGUCUUAAUACUGGAAAACAUGUCAACUUUGAAUUUUUAAAAGAUAAGGUUGCAUUUGAAAAUAAGGUAGGAUAUGUUAUUUUCUGUAAUAUGCAUCUAUAAUUGGCAUUGUUUCUAAUAUAUAUGGGGGUGUGUGUGUGUGUAUAAAUUUUUUUAAGUACCAGAGACUGGUAAAGAAGCCAAGAUCAUGUGAUUAAAAUUUAAAGAACAGAUUCAUGAAAAUAUUCCUAGGGUUUUUUUUUAGGUACCCCUUCUGGCCUAGAUUGAUAGGAAUAAACAAUCUGCUGAAAUUAGGUUAAGCAGAAAAAUACAUACCCAGCAGCUAGUGCUAAUUAUUGUAAGACUAAUAUUCAAUAGCCUUGGCAUAACUUACAUUUAUUACAACGUUUUCAUGUAAUACUCUUAGCAAUGUACUCUUCUAAAAAUCCAUUGGUGUAACCUUAGUUUUUAGGUUAGUGAUGCCUACUUUCCCUAGAGCUUAAGUUACUCUGAUAAUAAAUGAGGGGCCUAGGACACUCAGUUGCUGUUAGCCACAAGGAGCCUCCUUAUUUUAAUGCACCUCCCUCAGUACUUAAUUUAUUCCCACAGAGCCCCUCAGGGAAGGGGGAGAGAAAUGAGCAAUCCUGGCUCAAUUAUAUUAUUUCAACAUUUUAUUUCUAAAUCUGUAGUGUGACCAGACAUAUUUAACAUUCCUUUUUAGAUGAAACUUCCUUUUCUCUAAGGAGAGAGGCCUGCUAACCAGUAUGCUCAGAAAAAGUACCCUAAGGUUCAAAUAAAAUAAAUUUUACUAUUUCAUAAAUUUUAACAAACUUUUUUAUUUUAAAGACAGGAAAAAAAUACAAAUCCUGGCAUGUAUGAUAGUUAGAAAGCUAGGCAAAAAAUCAUUUAAAGUCUUGCUAAAACUGUUUAAAUUGCAGCAGUUUGCUUUGAAAGAUAAUGGUAAUAUCUUAGUGUAACUACCAAAGGAGAGCUAGAUUGAAAAGAUCUUUUAUAUGCAUAAUUAUGCUGUAUCAAUAACAUGUUUUAAGAUAUCAAAAUAGAUUAUUUUGUGGAAAAUGGAUACUUUUCUGAGUAUUAUAUCAAGAUAUAUUUUAUUUUUGUUUACUCAGGAAAAAGGAAAUUAUGUUUUUGUGAAUGGAGACAUUGUUACUGAAUUUAGCCAAUUUAGAAACAUAUUUUCAACUUAAUUAGUUGGGGUAAUUUUAGUUUUAUCUUAAAGGCAAGAAAAACUAUGUGCUAUCUUGAGUAUUAAAACAUAUUUUUUCAUAUUUUACAUAUACAACCAUAAAUAUACGUAUGCAUGUACCUUAUUAAGUCUUCAAAUAUUUUCCAUUAAUUUUAAAAGGUUCUUUUAAAAUGUGCUAUCAGUGCUAGCAGAGUAAAAGUCCAAACUUUUUUCACCAGGAAGGAAGCAUCGCAACCUAGCUCUGUCUGUCACCCCCCACUAGGCUCUUACCUUUUGUAGCUCUCAUCUUUUAGAUGUUGGCUCAACCAUCUGUGCUGUCUCAGCUUGCUCAUCAUUUUCUUUUGCUGUCCUCUCUAUGCUGGGAAUAUCUUUCCUCCUCCUUUUCUUCAUGCAUCCUUCCCUCAACCCACAGUCAGCAAAUUUUAUUCAUUCUUCAAAAUGGUAGUAGCACCACUAAAUUCACUAUGACUUCAUACCCUUCUCAGUUUCGCCAUCUCGGUGAGUUACACUCCUUCCGUUGUGCUUUAUGUACACCUCUAUUUAUAGCCUAAGUCCUUGUUCAUAUUUUUGUAUUCCCUGUGAAUUAGAUUUGUGAAUUUAUAUCACCUGCAUAACUAAUUACCAUCAACUUAAAAACAACAUUCUUUCAUUAUCCCAUGUUUCUUUAGAUCAGAAAUCUAGAUGGUCUUCAGUGGCUUCUCUGUUUGGGAUUCCACAAGGCUCAUAUCAAAGUGUCAGCCAGACUGUGUUCUAGUCUGGAGGCUCUAGGGAAAAUAUGCUUUUAGUCUUUUUCAGGUUGUCAGUGGAAUUCAGUUCCUCAUGCUUGUUGACUGGCCAAGCAGCACUCUCCUAGAGACCACUCUCCAGUACCUUGUAUGUAGACCCUCAGUCUUCAAAGCCAGCAAUAGCUCAUUAAAUCUGACAGUUCCAUAUCCUCCUUGAGGACUUUUCCAUCCACAAUCAGCUAGAGAAAACUUCUUUUUAAGGACUCAUGAGAUUAGAUGGAGCCCACCAGUAUAAUCUCCCUUUUGAUUAAUUCAGAGUCCACUGAUUAGUAACCUUAAUUACAUCUGGAAAAAUCUCUUUUGACUAUAAGCAUGAUAUCACAUUCAGUAGGGCAGGAAAUCUUAAGGUCCAUUUUAAAAUUCUGCCUAUACAAGUUAAACAUAUUUUUAAGGGCAGAGAGCAUGUCUUAUUUGACUUUUAACUUCAUCCUAGUAUAAUAAUAAUAAUGAGAGAGGAUUAUUAGAUAUUUAUUAUGUGUAAGGUAUUGUGCUCAGUACAUGAAUUAACUCAUUUAAUCCUUUACAAUAGCCUUCCUAGUAACCCCACUAAGUGUAAUGUAGAAUACUUGCCCUGAGUCGCACUGCAUGGUAGUUAAGAUAUGAAUUCUGGAAUUAGACCAGGAUUACAUUCUAGCUCUGCCAUGACUUAGCUGUGUGAUGGGUCUGGGUUUUUUUAACCUAAUCUAAGUUUGGGUUUUUUAAAAAUCUUUAGGAUACAAAUAGUAGAAGUUCCCAUCGUGGCUCAGUGGUUAACAAAUCCAACUAGGAACCAUGAGGUUGUGGGUUUGAUCCCAGGCCUUGCUCAAUGUGUUAAGGAUCCGGCGUUGCUGUGAGCUGUGGUGUAGGUGGCAAAUGCAGCUCGGAUCCUGCACUGCUGUGGCUGUGGCAUGGGCCAGCAGUUACAGCUCCAAUUAGACCCCUAGCCUGGGAACCUCCAUAUGCCGCUGGUGCAGCCCUAAAAAAAAGAUAAA